AAUAUUAAUAUUAAUAAUAAAAACUUAAAAAACAAAGCAAAUAAACUACUAAAAUUUAAACAAAUAUACUUACUUACUAAAUAACUAACUAACUAACUAUCUAUCUAUACUUUACUAACCAUAAAAUAACAAAAGCCUUUUCAAUAACCAUUCAUUUAGCUUAAUUCAUUAAUGCAGCGAAGUAAAUAAAGUUCUAAUCAUAUUGUUUUAGUGGGAGUUUUCGUAAUGUUUGUAAACUCCUCUCUUUCGUUUUCUCGAUUGAUUAUUGAAAUUCUCUAUUAUGCAAAAAAAUCUGAUAGUUGUUCAUAAUCUUCCUCAACGGGUUCAAGUUCUGGCUGCUCCUCAGACUUAUCUAGCCAUCUUUUUAAGGAAUAAGGAUUUAAUUAUAUAAUUGCAGUAUCUAUCCUAGAUGCCAUAAUAGUAUUCAUGAGUACUAUAAUUUUAUUAUAAGUGAGAAAGUAAUCAGUAAAUAAUUGUUUGCAGUAUUCUUAUUUAAUCAUUCUCAUCACUAGUCUUAUCCUGGUUAUACUCAGUUACAAUUAGCAAGGCUAAUAUACUGAUAGCACUUAAACUAAAGCUCUUUAAACUUAAUGCGAUUCAUCCUCUAACAACCAAGGUUGCGAUUUUCUAGGUAUAUAAAAAAAUUAUAUAAACUGCUUGAUACCUUUUCCUAUAGUUUAGAUUGUACUAUCUAUUAUAUUAAAAAUUUACAUGGAACAUGUUAACAAGAAUGCAGCUGAAGCUUUAUUACAAUAAGAAAGAGAGAAAAAAAAAGCAGAAGAGACAACUCUCGAUGUUCAUUUUUAUAACUCUCGUGGAAAACCAUUUACAGUUCUUGAAUUAUAUAACAUGGGAAAGAUUUGAAUUAUUCUGAGUAUAAAAUACAUCACUCAUUCAUUCAUUCAAGCUACUCUUUUGAUAAUAUUUUAGAUAAAAUUAAUUAAAAAUAUCUUUUUUUCUCUUGAAUCAGGAAUUUUAGCACCUUAGAGCGUAUAAUAAAACUAUUUUAAAAACUAAUAGCUUAAAAUCUCUUCUACAUAAGUUAUAAAUUUAAACCUUAAUCGAAAAGCAAUAAAAAUAAAAAAAAACAAUAAAUAAAUAAGUGACUCAAUAAAUCUUAAAAUUACAUCAUUUAUCUGAUAAAAUAAUAAAAGUAAGUUAAGAUAAUAUCCUUAACUUAUAUUACAAAUUCAUAAUUCACUUUUUUUAAAUUGUAAAAUAAUUUACUGAAUUCUUACAAAGUGAAUCAAUCUAAUCCAAUCAAUAACUUCUGAAGCAACUAUUUGGAAAGGGCUUUUAUAACUAAAUAACCAGCAAGUAAGCAAAAUGAUAAAUAGAAAUUUAAUAAAAUACUAAAUAAAUUCAGUUUGAUGAACUUAAAAAAUAUUUAUUAAAGAUUUAAAGAUAAAAUUUUAAUCAAAGAGAGCUAAAAAUAAAUUCAAAUUUUUCCAAUAAUGAAUUAAAUAAGUUGUUAUUAAUUAGAAUAAAUUUUGCUUAAAUACUAAAAUUAUAUAUAUAGUUAGAAUAUUAAUUAGCUUUCCAGCUAAAUAAAAAACGACGAAAAA